UUCGGGAGUGUGAUUUACAAGGCGACUUUUGAAUUAAGUUAUUCGCGUGCUUGCUAACAUAUCAACACAGGAGAAGGUGUUACCCAGUGCGCUUUCCAUCAUUUGGUGUCAUUCAUAUGUGCUGGACUACAUCUUCCUCCGUCUCCCAGGCAGCAUGCAACCUCCGCUCACAUACAGCAUAUUCAGGUGAAGAGGAAGCCAGACAUGGGCCUAGGCUUCAUGACACCCCUGAAGACAUUUCCCUAGAGGCAGCAGCCAACACCAUUGCCUUUCACCCCUGCCGGGAUAUCAUAGCUGCUGGAGAUGUGGAUGGUGAUGUCUACAUGUAUUCAUACUCUUGUCUGGAAGGUGGGACCAAGGAGCUUUGGUCGUCAGGACAUCAUUUAAAAUCCUGCCGGGAAGUGUGCUUUUCCCAUGAUGGACACAAGCUCUUCACGGUGUCCAAAGAUAAAUCCAUUCAUAUCUUGAAUGUGGAAGAGGGCCGUCUUAUGACUCGCUUCUCCAAGGCUCACAACUCUGCUUUGAACUGUCUGCUGGUGAUAGAUGAGCACUUGCUUGCCACAGGAGAUGACAGUGGGGAAUUGAAAGUGUGGGACCUACGCAAAGGCACCUCCAUCAUGGAGAUGAAGCAGCAUGAGGAGUACAUCAGUGACAUGGCCCUGGAUGGAAACAAGAAGCUGCUGCUCACCACCAGUGGAGAUGGAACCAUGGGAGUCUUCAACAUCAGGAGAAGGCGCUUUGAGCUGCUCUCAGAGCCCCAGAAUGGAGACCUGACAGCCAUUGCUCUGAUGAAGAGGGGAAAGAAAGUUGCUUGUGGCUCCAGUGAGGGGACCAUUUACCUCUUCAACUGGGAUGGUUUUGGCGCUACCAGUGAUCGUUUUGCACUAAAGGCAGAGUCCAUUGACUGCAUGGUUCCCAUAACAGACAGCAUUGUGUGCACCGGCUCCACUGACGGAGUCAUCAGGGCAGUGAACAUCUUGCCCAAUCGGGUGAUAGGCAGCGUUGGGCAACAUGCAGGCGAGCCGAUUGAGCAGCUAGUGCAGUGUCAUACUGGCCCGUUUCUGGCCAGCUGUGGGCAUGACCAGAAGGUGAAGUUCUGGGACAUCUCUUCACUCAGCUCCGUGAUUGUGGAUGAUUACAGAAAGAAGAAGAAAAGUGGGCAGCUCAAAUCUUUGAGCCGCAAAGCAUUUGGUAGUGGAGAGGAUUUCUUUGCAGACUUAAGAGAAGAGACCGCAGGCUUGAAAGAAGAGGAGGACAGUGCUGCUACCGAGAGUGACAGCGAUUGAAAAACAUACACUGAUCCUAUAUGAAGGGUUCACCCACCAGCAGGAAACUGCAACCAUGCAUCCCUGUACUGUAGCACAAGCAGCGGGAUAUUUGAGCCUCUCUUCUUGUGGACAAAGCUGUGGUAGCUUAAUGAAAUCAGUACUGCAGCAUUGAGCCAAGGGUGGCAGAACCUUCCUGGCAUUCGUACAGUUCAGUGAAAGUCGUGUUAAUACUUUGAAAUAUAUUUUUGAGAGAAGUACGGUCUUGCUGCUGCGGAAGGGGGAAGAUGGAGAUUUCUAGUCCUAUGAGACAACUAGUGUGCAUGGGUGGAAGAUGGCUUUAGGAACUGUCCAACUCUGUCAGUAAGGUUUACUUCUGUGUAAGAGAAGGGGGGAACAGCCCCUAAUAGCCAAGAAGAAGAAAAGGAACAUGUCCCUGGUGCUGGUGAAAAGAUUGUUCUUCGUGUUAGCUAGUGCUCUCCAGCUUCUAUUCAGAAUAGGCAUAUCUUAUUAUCUUAAGAAACUAUUUUGAGUGUAGGAAACAGUGGAGGCCUAAAGCCUCUUACUUAUCAUAACAGCCAACAAUAACAAGGGGUUCUGCUUGACAGAUGGCCCCACCCACAACAAUGAACUCUUCAUUCAACAGUCAAUUUCAUACACUUUAGCACAGAUCCAUACAGGUAUUGGUACUGGCACAGUAGUGAUACAAAAGCCCUGUGGGAUUUCCAGUUUACGGAAUGAUUCUGAAAGACACACAGUCAUUAGCUGAGUUCAUGUGUGUAUAUGAAAAGAUAUGUCGCUCCUAGCACAGGAUUCCAGAGCCUAUUGUUUUGCUUCCCUCCAUUUCUUCGUCAGUGACCUACGUGUCAGGCAGAGUGACACUUUCUGUAUCAAACCUGACAGUUUCCAGUUAUCCCACCUCCACAUGGUCAUUGAUUUGAAUGGGCUAGGCUACUUGACAACUUAUUUUAAAAGCACUGAGCUAAUCUCAGUGAAAUGUAAGCUUAUUUGAAGCACAAACCCAUAUCCAGCUUAUCUGGUGUGAUGGCAUGGGAGGCUGCAACCUUGAUGAAGCUUAAGCGGGUGUAGGCCUGGUCAGUUUCUGGAAGGGCAACUACCAGGGAACCCCAUAUACAAGGAUUUCUGCAUUGAGCAGGGGGUUGGACUCAAUGGCCUUGUAGGCCCCAUCCAACUUUAUGAUUGCAUGUUUAGACGGGAAAAAAGUCUUACAAUUCCCAGUAUUCCCCAACCAGCCAUACUCCGUGGGGAACGGUGGGAGCUGAAGACUUCUUUCAGUUUAAACGUGCGUAAGAUUGCACCCCUACCUGCUGCUCACAAGAUCCAAUUUAUCCAAUUGUUCCUGGCUCUAACUUCUCUCUCUGCUUGGAUGCCUACAGUCUACAUUUUGUUUUCUGCCUGACAUGUUGAAUGUGCACAGGAUUGUUUGUGGUAGCGGUUCUCAACCUGUGGGUCGGGACCCCUUUGGGGGUCGAAUGACCCUUUCACAGGGGUCGCCUAAGACCAUCGGAAAACACAUAUUUCCGAUGGUCUUAGGAAACUGUAUUGACUGAACUAUGUCAUGUAUCAUCUUUUGUAUUAUUAAAGCUAUUGUUAUGUAUUAUUUUCAUUAGCAAACCAUCCCAUGACAAUGGAUCGUGUAGAGAAGAACGAAAAUAAUUUUAUGGUUGGGGGUCACCACAACAUGAGGAACUGUAUUAAAGGGUUGCGGCAUUAGGAAGGUUGAGAACCACUGUGACAGGUAGAUGAAUUAAUUAUACCAGUUUGGAGUUCAAAUAAGUGCCUAUUACUGAUGAACUAAUUCUAAAAGUAAUUAUUGUGUACAUUUUUAUUC